AUGGCUCAAGUAGCAAACGCUGCACUUCCAGACACGUCUAAGGGAAAGACAAAAGCGAAAAAGCGGUAUUUGAAGGCGAAGAAGGAAAGGCGCAAGAACCGUACAAAGGUCGUCGUAAAAGGCGAACCCAGCGGAGAGCCAUCCACCCAGAAGAAGCGCGACGAAUCCUCCUCCUCGGAAAGCGAGUCUAGCGAGAGCGAUGGCGAUGCAUCAGGAAACGGGUCCGAAGCUGUAGAACCUACUCCCGCGAAACGCGCGCAGAAGGAUGGAUCUCGCCCGAAGAAGAGGCGAAAGCUGGACACCCCAGAGGCUGAAGAUGUUCCCCGUGCUACAACACCAAAAGAGACCUCCAUCCCUCCCGUAACUCUCAGAGCCAGGUCUCCCACACCGCCCGCUACCCUCCCCGUUUUCCCUCAACCCCGAAGACCGGAUGCGCCUUCCAAAUCCGUCCUUGCGCUGCAAGGCCUCGACAAGGCGCUCAUUGAGGCGCAAGUAGUCGAUCCUGCGACUACCCUACCAUUAGAAAAGGACUAUGAGAGUCGCGACGAACGAACGGGGUUGAGCGGUAAGAUGCGGAAAAGGCUGCAGGAGCUAGGGAUUGCGGAACUCUUCGCUGUACAGACCGCUGUUGUGCCAUUACUCCUCUCAUCCACUAGAGCGCAAUCACUCUACCGACCAUAUGACCCUCCAGAGGACCUAUGUGUCUCAGCUCCAACUGGAAGCGGGAAAACCCUCGCCUACGUGCUACCCAUCGUUGAGGUCCUGUCCGCCCGCAUCGUUACGCGCCUAAGAGCGCUUAUUGUAUUGCCUACACGAGACCUAGUCGUGCAGGUGCGGGAGACGUUCGAGGCCGUGGCAAAAGGGCGCGGCCUGAAGAUUGGCACAGCAACCGGCCAGCACUCGUUUGCGCACGAGCAGUCACAAUUAGUGGCAGAACGAGGCUCCGACUUGCAGGGCGGCUCGAGCAAGGUCGACGUCCUAAUAUGCACGCCCGGCCGGUUGAUGGACCAUAUCACUGGGACACCCAAUUUCUCCCUGCAGCAUCUGCGCUUCUUGGUCAUUGACGAAGCCGACCGCCUCCUCGCGCAGUCGUUCCAAGACUGGCUCGCCCAGGUCCUCGCCGUCACACGCCCACCGCGGCCCUCCGACGACACCCGGUCCGAGGCCUCGACCCCUCCCUCCCAUACCACCCCCCGUCCGCAUCCAGACGCGCUGGCCCCCGCGUUCCUCCACCUCCUGCGGGGUGCGCCGUACACCCGGACGGACAUUGACGAGCGCAAGGAGCCGUCGUGUCAGAAGCUGCUCUUCUCCGCGACGCUUACGCGCGACCCUGCGAAGAUCGCCGCGCUCGGGCUGCGCGCACCGAGGUACAUCGUCGUGCAGGGCAGGAAGUCGGCCGCCGCGACCAAGGAGGAGGGCGUGCUCGACUUCGUGAUGGAGAAGUUCACGAUGCCCGCGACGUUGACCGAACACAUGCUGGUGUGCGAGUCCGCGGCGAAGCCGCUCAUGCUCUUCCACAUGGUGCACGCGCGGGGCGUCACCAACGCGCUCGUGUUCACGAAGUCCGCCGAGUCUGCCACGCGGCUCGUGCGUCUCUUCGAGUUCUUCGAGGGCGCCCUGCGUGCCGCGGACGCGAGUAAGAAGCCCGUCGUCGCGCGCGCGUACUCGAGCGACCUCGCGCCUGGGGAGCGCAAGGCGAUCCUGGAGCAGUUCAGGAACCAGGAGAUCAACAUACUGAUCUGUUCUGACCUCGUCUCGCGCGGGAUCGACAUCAGCCACGUCUCGCACGUCGUGAGCUACGACGUGCCCGUUGACUUCCGGAAAUAUGUUCACCGUGUGGGCCGCACGGCCCGUGCUGGCCGGGAGGGCGAUGCAUGGACGCUCGUGGAGGAGCAGGAGGCGCGGUAUUUCAAAGGCAUGUUGAAGGAGGCCGACCAUUUGGAAAAGGUCAAGCGGCUACGUGUGUCGGACUCGGACGUCGCGUCUCUCAAGCCAGCGUACGAGACCGCGCUCACACAGCUGAAGGAAGUGUAUGCUCGGUCAAGCUGACACUCGCGUCGGCUUUGUGUCGGAUGUAGCAGUUUGCUGUGACCUUUGCGAUGUCGUGCUUUCGCGGCUGAACAUACUGCGCCACAGCCUCCUGCAGCGAGCCUAUGCAAGGACUUGCGCAUAUCGGGCAAAAGCUUCU